UUGAAUGUUGAAAGCCUAUCCUGGCACUUAAUGACCAAGUCAACCAGAUCAUGACUGAAAAUGAGGAUUGCUUAUCCUCUUCCUUUCAUCUUCCUGCAGUGAGAUUGUUCAAGGAAAUUGCAGAGCCAAGAAGAAGCCGGAAACAUAUGUAUCCUACAAUAGAUGAGCCAGAGAUAUAUUCAGGUAUAGCCGUCCAAGUUAUGUCCUUCCAAAUUAUGGGACUCCACAAAUUUCUUCUGCUCCUCCCAUCAUCAUGAGGCAUUCUGUCGCCACUCCUCAGUGGUCAAGUGAUCUUUUCCAUUGUGUUGAUGAUCCUUCACUAUGUUUAGUCACUUGCUUCUGCCCUUGUUUAACGUUUGGACGCAUUGCAGAGAUUGUAGAUAAAGGCACUCCGUCUUGUUCUUCUAGUGGUCUUUCUUAUGGGUUAUUGGCCCUCACUGGACUUGCAUGCCUGUACUCUUGCAAUUAUCGAUCAAAAAUGAGGGCACAAUAUGACUUACCAGAGGCCCCAUGUAUGGAUUGCUUGGUUCAUUUCUGCUGCGAAGCUUGUGCUCUGUGUCAGGAAUAUAGACAGCUGAAAAAUUAUGGAUUUGACCUCAGCAUAGGGUGGGAAGCCAACAUGGAAAGGUCAAGAAGGUUUGCAGUUACAGUAGCCCCAGCUCUUCCACCUGGCAUGACAAGAUGAAAGUGAAUGCAUUUUAUUGGGAGCUUUUUUUUUAUUUUUGGUGUGUGUGUGGCUAGCGCGGGGCCUCUUGAUGCUGAUUCAAACUUUGUGUGAGUUCUCUGUGCACUUAGGUUUGAGUGCUUUUUGUCAAUAUGAAAGCAAAAUAAAAUGUGCUCCUAACACCAAAAGAGAAAAAGAAAAAGAAAAAUCCAGUUAUGUUUCUUUUGCCUA